AUUCUCACUCCGAGCGCGUCGAUUUCUGACGAACGGUCAGUGACUUUUGCUUCAGUUUCUGACGCAAAAGGGUACCCUUGCGCUGCUUUUUUAGACGCAUGGGGUUUUCAACUAGUUACAAUGUAACCCUUUGACGGGGGACCCGAUGGCUGCACAUAGAGACGCUAUGAGCAUUCAUAUCCCAUUGGCUAACGGAGGACCUUGCGCUUCUUUUUUCGACGCAGGGGGUUUGCCACUCAUUGCAAUGUAAUCCCUCCACGGCAAUAUAUGAAGCUAUGAGCAUUCAUUCCAUUGGCUAACGGAAGAGCCGAUGGCUGCACAUAGUGACGCUAUGAGCAUUCAUCCCAUUGGCUAACGGAGGACCUUGUGCUUCUUUUUUCGACGCAGGGGUUUUUCCACUCAUUACAAUGUAAUCCCUCCACGGCAAUAUAUGAAGCUAUGAGCAUUCAUUCCAUUGGCUAACGGAAGAGCCGAUGGCUGCACAUAGAGACGCUAUGAGCAUUCAUCCCAUUGGCUAACGGAGGACCUUGUGCUUCUUUUUUCGACGCAGGGGUUUUUCCACUCAUUACAAUGUAAUCCCUCCACGGCAAUAUAUGAAGCUAUAAGCAUUCAUCCCAUUGGCUAACAGAAGAGCCGAUGGCUGCACAAUAACGGCGAUUUUACAGUGACAUCUGUGACAUUCCUCAACACAACUACACCAACGUGUCCUUGUUAAUUACACAACAUGUAUGGGUUAAGGCUCUGGCCAUCAGUUGUCCUGUUUGGUGCUUUGAUUGAGAUAAACAAUCGUUUUUUGAUCAGUGUUGGGUAGCUGAGGUCGUUGCUAUCGAGACCACGUCCGUCCGCUUUGUUUCACAACUGACAGAGCUGCCAAGUCUAACCAUUUGGCCCUGAGACACACUCAUAUCAACCAGUUCACACACUAUCACAGAGGAGGAAGAGAAGGAGGAGAAGGAGAAGGAGAAGGAAAAGCAGAAGAAGAAGAAGAAGAAGAAGAAGAAGAAGAAGAAGAAGGAUAAUAAUAAGAAGAAGAAUAGAAGAGGCGGAGGAGGAAGGGCUGAUGCACAUUCUCAUUCCGAGCGCGUCGAUUUCUGACGAACGGUCAGUGACUUUUGCUUCAGUUUCUGACGCAAAAGGGUACCCUUGCGCUGCUUUUUUAGACGCAUGGGGUUUUCAGCAGCCAUCGGGUCCCCCGUCAAAGGGUUACAUUGUAAUAGUUGAAAACCCCAUGCGUCUAAAAAAGCAGCGCAAGGGUACCCUUUUGCGUCAGAAACUGAAGCAAAAGUCACUGACCGUUCGUCAGAAAUCGACGCGCUAUCAUUCACGUCGAGAGCAGCGAUGGGCUGUAGUUCAAAAAGCGGCCUAAAAAAAACCUGACAUUAUCAAACUUCCUCACAUUAUUUUUGGUUUUCUUUGCAUGCAAAUUUUUAAUUAAAAUCCACAAACAACAUAUGUGUAAUCCACGGCAUAUAAAGACGAAAAAAAUAAUUACUUUCUCUCCAUUGAAACCCAUUCAUAUUUUUCGAUCUCAGAGGUCCCAUGCGGGGUAUACCGGAAAGGGGCGGAUUUACGAGCUCAAUAACAAGCAGGAAGAAGCAGGAAAAAUCCGCCGGUUAUAUAUAUACAUUUUUUAAAUGUGGAAUGAUAUUAUUGUUUUUAAUGGAAUAUGAAUUUGAAUUUAUUAGAAGUUAGCGAUGAUUAUACUCGUGUCUCAAACAUGAUCACGAAACAUCAACAGUUCUGCUCGCUGUAAGCGAGUAAGUGAUAGGAUUGGAUUGACCUAUCACCGAUGGGAUGUUAAUCGAAGUGCACCUUGGGAAUCGUAGAUGAGCUUCAAAUCGGGACUCAGGAUCCACCAGACCCAGGUAAGUUGUACAAAAUAUUUAAAUAUGAUUAACUAAGAAUAUAGGCUUAACUAAAUUGAAAUCUCUCCAACGAGCAGUAGGCCUAUGUCUAUGAGAGAGAGAGAGAGUGAAAGACACUUCAAUAUAACUUCUUUUUUAAUAUAUUGGCUAUACAUAUUUUUUGCAUCGCGUGUACAUUUGAAAACUUCUUGCUAGGUUAGCUGGCUCACUAUCGUUCGUAAGAUGUAGCCUUACCACCAAGCACCGAAACUCGGUUCCAGUAGGGCACUGGUUCCGAUUAAACGGUAGUACCUAGAUCGAAUAAGAACGCACAUUUCGGUGCCUCAUAACGGUGCCUGGAUUUUUUUUAACGCCCCCCGUGUGUAUUACGAAGCGUAAUGCACACCUAAUAUCAGUGACAAACAAUAUAUUAAGUGUUUAUUACGCUUCUAUUAUACAGUCUAUGGUAUUAAGCAAUAACUUUAAAUGCAUUUUUUUCUCCCAUCUAACAAAAUAGACAUUUAAUACGAAUCUUAAUAAGUAUAUUUAAGCUUAUUUACAGAAGAUGCAUCUAUUUUUUUCAUUGUUCUGAAUGUUGUGUAUAACUCGCUUAGUGGUCUUUCUGUUGAUUUAUUGCCAUUUAGUAUUUAUUUAAUAAUGUUGCUCAUAAGUUGUUAGUACUCCCCAUAUAUUUGACAAUAAGCUGUCUUUUACAAGAAAUGCCUUAUUUCAACAAUCUGAUGUUCACCUGAAAGUAAUUAAGUGCCCAUAAUAUUGCUUAUCCACCUAAUGUUGUCUUCUUUAGUUCAAGAGAAAUGUACUAAGUUCUGGUUGUAAUUGUUAAUUUUACCAUGCACAACCCAAAUUGUCUUUUGUGUUUGAAUGUACUGUAUAACCAGUAUAAUUUCCCACAUAGUUAUGUGUUGACAAUGAAUUAAUAUCAUAUCUUUUUUCACUCCAAAUGCAAUAUCACUAAUAUGCAUGAAUUAAUUCACAUAUUAUAUGUGUGAAUUUGAUAAUGUUAUCAACUGAAAUCAAAUAUAUCUAAGAUUAACCCUCUAUGUUUCACUAUCAUUUGCAGAAUGACAAAGCCUAAGAAGAAGCGAUGCCCCUCAUGCCAGGCCGAAAAUUCUGUUGGAAGGAAGACAUGUUGCCAGUGUCUCCUCCCCCUUCCCCGGAAGAACAAGCUCCCAGAUAAUUUGCAGAUGGACAGCUGGGCAUCCUCUGCAAAAUCAUACAGAAACGGUGCCAGGGCUAUAAAUUCGGCCCAGCUAUCUGUCUUAAAACUAAAUGCCCUUGGUCGGAAACCCCUACUAUUUCUUGGAAAUCCUGGCCGCAAAGGAAAAUCUGUGGGGGACUUGAUUCACUUUAUCCCCACAGAUAACGUCUUGGUGAAGGAUAUCAUUUCCAAAAUGAGCAAAUGCUAUGAGCUCCUCCUGACAAUGUUGCAGGGCUGUGCUCCACAAGCAGCUGUGCCCCCCCUGGAAAACAGCGGUCCACCAGCCCCUCCUGUGUGCUCUCAGCCUCCUCCAGCACCCUUCUCAUCCCCUCAAACUCCUCCAUCCUUCUCCAACUCCCAACCACCUCCAUCCUUCUCAUCCCCACAAACUCCUCCAUCCUUCUCCAACUCCCAACCACCUCCAUCCUUCUCAUCCCCACAAACUCCUCCAUCCUUCUCUAACUCUGAACCUCCUCCAUCUUUCCACAACUUAGAACCUCCUCCAUCCUUCUCCAACUCCCAACCACCUCCAUCCUUCUCAUCCCCUCAAACUCCUCCAUCCUUCUCUAACUCUGAACCUCUUCCAUCUUUCCACAACUUAGAACCUCCUCCAUCCUUCUCCAACUUUGAACCUCCUUCUUUCUCUAACUCUCAACCUUCUCCAUCCUUCUCCCCUCAACCUCAUCCAUCCCUCUCCAACUUUGAACCUCCUUCCUUCUCUAACUCUCAACCUUCUCCAUCCUUCUCCCCUCAACCUCAUCCAUCCCUCUCCAACUUUGAACCUCCUCGAUCUCCAGCCUCCUCUUCCAAGAAGAGGCCCAAAAUAAAAGGGAAAAGAAGAGGUGAAAGUCUCUUGGACACCAUGCCCCAAGUGUGGGAAGAAGUGGGACGAUUCAUGGGAGCCAGACAGCCAACAGUUUAGCUAAAUCUAUUUUAUUUAUUUAUGUAUCUUAUUUUAUUUGUUUGAAAUUCCUGUUUCUUUGGAAGUGUUUAUUUUAUUACACACAAAUACACACAUACAUACACAGACAUCUUUCAAAAGUGAUACAUUUAUUAAAUAAAUUGUUGUUACUGCCUGGUGCGUUUGUCCAUUUUAUUGCAUUUAUAAUUAUCUAUAUUUUUUGAAAUACAAUGAUUGAAAAGUUCUUGCUAAGCUCUGACUGUUAAUUGUGUAACAAUUUGACAAAAGGUGAAUUAUUAUUUUAAAUCGUUUUGGUGUUUGUGUACAUAGACUAGUGUCUGGAGUGCUCACAAACCCGGAAAUGUGAUACGAUUUGCUGCCUCAGUGAGAAAUCAUGAGAUGCUCCUAGCUUCCUAUGACAUACGGCAACACAAGUCUCACUCCCUACUCGUCAGAAGUGUGACGCAUGGCCAAGGAUCCCUGGCGUCAAGUUCCAACGAAAGAUGUGUACCUGUUGCGUUGUUUUUCAAUGUGGGGGUCCAAUUCGGUAUCACGCCAAAGCGUGAGUGGAGGAAUAGCACAAACGGGGCGAGUGGUUCUCCCAGCAUUUGGUGAAAUGGUUAGGUAGCCUAUAUUAAUAUUUAAUAUAAUAAAUAUUAAUGCUUAUUAUCUGAAUGGGAAAUGCAAUAUUUAAGGACAGAUUCACCAUUAAACGUGUUUCAAAUAACAUUUCUAGCGAGAAAUAUACUUUAUACCUGCAUAAUCUUCAGUCACUGAAUGUGUCUGAUCUUUAGUUUGAUAGUCAUUAGGACGAUUUUAUGGUCUCGCAAGCAUGUUUAAACGACGUCAGGUUGCUAGGGACGCGACGAUCUAAUUGUGGGCCAGCCGAGGCUGACACAUAUACCAAAUUUGGCCUACAA